AUGAUCACGCAGGCACCGUCAACGCCAAGAAGACCGCGGCAAGAGGAUAUCGACCUUAAAAUUAAUGCCGUAGUCUCCAGCCUGUCGCGUGAGUGGGACCUCCGUUUUGAGGUCCCCAAACCUAAUGGCACCCCGAGUCGGAGGGAAAGGACACUGGAGGAAGAAUGUGUAUUUAAGAUCAAGUAUCUAACUUUCAAGAACGCCAUUGAUCCGGUCGUUAGGGAUUUCAGCCAUCAGGCCGACAUCGUAUACAGCCGGUGGGUUCAUAAACCCAAAGGAGAGAGAGGAACCGUUCCAGAGAGGACAAGGCAUAAACCUCAUCCGGUCUCUGACAGGGAGCGUCUCGAGUUACAAUUGCUCUUUCGCGAAAUAGUCAGUCGCGAAUACGAUCAGGUCAAGAAUCAAGAGCGCGGAACUCCCUUGUCGCAGCGACAGACGCCUACCUGGUCCUCUUUUGGAGGGCCAGAUCCCCUACAUGGCUCUCGAAUUGAUGAUACGCCUAUACCCAGCAAGCUCCCAUCGAGCGGGCGAAAGAACUCCCUGAAACGCGCAGCGGAGGGUUUUCAUGAUGGUCCUAAUCCUUUCAAGAGAGGUCCAAAACCGGCCACUCAACAAACGCUGAACUUCUCUGCUCGAGCGUUAUCUUCCGACAGAGGAAAUGCGUCCUCCAAAGACCAGAGGAGUUUCAAGAGUGCCAACACAAGUUUCGUCUCGGAUGUAUCAAGCGUGUGGGAUCGGUGCUCUGUGAGCAAUAGCCGUGGAUCGAUGCCUGUCUUCCUCUCCCAGACUACAGUCCCCGAUGACGAGGUUCAGUUGUCCCGCUUGCUAGAUACAGGAGAACCAGUUGCUCAGAAUAACAGUCACAGCUCUGAGUAUGAAGCUGGUAGUAGUUUCGAUGAAGCCCUCGCUGCUGUUGCCGAUUCCUUCAAGGAGGACAAUGCUGAUGCGUUGGAGGCUGCGACUAUCAGAACUGAGGUUGACGAAGACCUAUCACGGAAUUUGAACGAGUCUAGCCGCCGGAGUGAUGGGGCAUUGGGUCCUAUAAGCGGCUCCUCAAAAGAAGACAAUCUGCGCCGAUGUCUUGAAAUUAUAUUCCCGGAAAUGCCGUCGUGUUUAUUGUCUACCCCUCUCCACGUGCGAUAUGAGAUUCUUCGUGUGUAUCUGCAUACCGGUGCUCCUCUCACCGGGCUUACACUUCCCGCGUCCCCGAAUUGGGAGAAUUAUGAUUCAUUGUGGGCAUUCUUGAGACGCUUGCCAGCCUUGAAAGGCAUGGUGUUUCCCGAACGGUCGUCGAGAGAAGCAUGGGCAGCCUGUCAGGAUGAGUUUCGUCGUGGCUCCCGGGGCGUUGCAAUGUUGGGCUCCCUCCGCUAUCAUGAGGGGUCCUCAAAUGGGCCCCUUUUUCGGUUCCAACUGGAGCCUCUUAGGCUCGAACGUACCUAUCGCCUAAGACGGCGUUUUGGAAAUGAUAGAUUCCUUGAGCUCGAUAUACCAAAUUUGGUCGGGAGACGACUCCCAAAGGUACUCCAGGAUUGCCCAAACGGCAAGUCAAUCAUUAUCGACUGGUUUUUUGAAAAGAUGCACCAUAUCCUAGGAAGAGUAUGGAUGCCAUUCUGUACGAAACGGAAAGAAGGCAAAGAGCGCAAGCUGGGAAUGGAGCAGCAAAAUGAUCUCGAUGUUGGGGUAGCACACCGUGCUUAUUUCUUUGCUGUUGACGGACACAAUUUCUGCGAAAAGACUGCUUGUGGCAUCUCCGAGGAGUCUGAAACGGUUGAUACCCGGAGUAGGAUGUCGGUAGAGGCAAUGCUCAACUGGCUGCGACCGACUUGGGAGAAUAGGAAACAGAGCGCGUACAAACUCUACGCUCGCACUCCUUUGGCGUUAUCGAGGAAUACACCAACAGUAGUGUUGAACCGAUCACAAAUCAGGUAUAAAAAGGACUUGCUGUGUAACGGCGAAGUCAUGACCGAUGGGGCUGGCCGCAUGUCGUUGACCUUGGCUUCGAAGAUCGUGAAGACCUUAGGCCUUUCCUAUUUACCAAGCGGUUUUCAGGCUCGGAUCGGAGGUGCUAAGGGGUUUUGGAGUAUUGAUCCGUCAACCGACCACGCAUCCGAGGAGUGGAUUGAGAUAUAUGAAUCUCAGCUAAAGUGGACCCGCAAAGGCACGCUCGACGAUUGGAAUUACAAUGACCCGGCCCAUCGAACGUUUGAGGUCAACAAAUUUUCUGGGAAGCUCAAAUCUGCAGACCUCAAUGCCCAACUACUACCAAUCCUUAUUGAUAGAGCCAAGUCAAAACCAAGGAUGGUGGAUGCCAUCUCGAAACUACUGGAGGACGGUCUCAUGGAAGAGAUCAAAUCACAGCGAGUAGCGAUGGAGAAUCCACAAUCCUUCAGGAAAUGGAUUCGGGAGACAAACCCAGGUCUUACAGACAGAGUCAAGCACGGGAUGGUUCAGUACAAAGCGUCCUUGCCAGUAUCACUCGAAGAGAAAUUAAAUAUGUUUCUGGACGCCGGAUUCGAUCCGAUGAAGCUCACCUAUCUAGAAGAGCUGUCUCGACAACAUUAUACCCAGAAAUGCGAUGAGCUAAAGAAACGUCUGAACAUACCGGUCCCGCGUUCAGCUUACGCCUUUAUGGUCCCAGAUUUCGCCGGGGUGCUGGAGCCUGACGAAGUAUACAUCCACUUCUCGGAAAGUUUUGUAGACGAUAUGUCGCCAUUAUCAGGUCUGCCUCUCAAAGAUAUAGACGUUAUUGUAACGAGAUCACCAGCCCACUACCCUAGCGAUGUUCAGAGGGUGAGGGCUGUUGUGAAGUUUGAGCUGAUGGGUCUCAAGGAUGUUAUUGUGUUCUCGACAAAGGGCAAUCCUUCCCUUGCCGCCAAGCUUUCAGGCGGUGACUAUGACGGUGAUCAGGCCUUGAUAUGCUGGGAGCCGUCAAUCGUAGAGAAUUUCGAGAAUUCCAGGGUUCCCAAAUUUCCGGACUUGGUCAAGGAAGGCUAUAUUUCCAAAGAUACAACUACAUACGAGGAGCUAGUCAAAGAUGCGGUAGAUCCGACCACGACUUUCCUUAAACGAUGUUUCGACUUCAACCUUGAGCAGAGUAUGCUAGGCAUCUGUACCAAUUACAAGGAAGAACUAUGCUAUACGCAAAAGAAAGUGAACUCGAUGGACGCUGUAUACUUGAGCACCCUGCUGAGUUUACUGGUCGAUCAGGCAAAGCAGGGCUACGUCUUUACCCAGGAUGACUGGGAUAGGUUCAGAAAGGAGGCUCUUAGAGGAGCGCCACGGAUGGUACCCCUAUAUAAAAAGGGCGAGCUAGAUCCGAAGGCCACACAUAUCAUCGACCGACUGAUGUACGUCGCUGACCGGACGAUUGAGAGGGCCCGGACCGACUUUUACAAAAGCAUGCAGAAGACUUCAUACUGGGACAAUGAUCUCACGCUUUACUCAGGAUGGGCCCACCGUGAAGCUCUGGAGAAUCCCGAAUGGUCAUCCAUCUUGAGCAAACUAAAAGCGGAUAUCGAAAGCGUGAAAGCAAUCUGGAACAGGAAACUCGCCGGGUCCAAGAACGAGGAAAAGAAGUCCAUCUUUACCCCCGUACUCAUGGAAUGCUACGAGCUCUUCCAGGCGAUCCAGCCAGCGAACGAUACGACGCUGACACGAACGCUCCUCGAGAGCUGGCACGGCAAUCCCGAACUAUCGCGGUGGGCGCUCCUCCGGGCCUCUGUCGCCUUCGCGUCAUUCCCCGAGAAGUACGUUUCGAGCUUCGUGUGGUGGAUGGCAGGUACGCAGUUAUGCCACCUGAAAGCGACGCGGCUGGGAGGCAUGGUGGCCAUGGCGCCACACAUGAACGCUAUGCUUCGGCCGGACAACACGUUCGUGAAGCUGCGACUUAGCGAAGAGAAGGUGUUCCAGUGGGAGGAUGAUAAUGAUGACACAUAUGGUGACGGUGUUAAUGAUGAUGAUUGA